GUUGCUGGCAACAUUUGGCGACAACACUAUGUUGCGAUACACAUGCGCAAAGCAAAGCGAUUACUUCGGCUCACGCUCUGUUCGGCAAGCGGCGAAAAUUCGGGAAAAAAACUAAAGUCAGUGAUAAAGUGAAAUUCGUGCGCGUUGGUUGGCCUUACACUUCGUGUAAGCUUCCAAGCUCAGACUCCGGCUCUCGCGGCGCUCGAAACUCGCUCUCACUCCCUCCCACACAAACACACACAAACACGCGCUCUCGCAGAAAACGUGUCGUGACUCGUCGUCGUUUCGUCCCGAUCGGCGUCUUCACAAAACAAAAACAACAACAGCAACAAUUCAAGUGCGUGCGAAUUUCGAAUAAAACAUAAAAUUGCCUUAAAUUUAACAAUCUCUAGUACGCGGUGUCAAAUUCUGUAAUUUGUGUAAUAAAAAUAUCAAGUGUGAAGUGCUAAAAAUAAAUAAUAUUCAAUAAGUUGACCAAGCUGCGAACGCGAUGCGGCUAAUUGGAUUUAUUCUAAAUUUGGCUGCUUUAACAGCUGGCGUCUUGGCCAAUCACCAUGACAGCCUGACGCUGAGUCCGGCGGAGCACAGCGUUGUGCGCUACACAAACGAAUCGCUCAUUGUCCAAUGCAGAGGUCCCAGUCCCCAGGUGAAGCUGCAUUGGAAAUCGCCGAGAGGUGAAAUUAUAAGCGCGAAUAAAGGACGCAUUCACAUCGAGCAAACUUCACCAGAACAAUUGCAAAUCGUUUUCGCACACAUCGCACUUGCGGACAAGGGCAAUUGGAGCUGCGAGGCGGUCGAGGGGGGAAUGCAUAGUAAAUCGUUCGAGUUGAUUGUGUAUCAGAAAAUUACGUUUACGGAAACGAAUUCGGUGACGACGGUGAAGGAGGGCCAGAAUGCAACCAUAUUGUGCGAGGUGAAGGGGGAACCGCAACCGAAUGUCACCUGGCAUUUCAAUGGACAGCCCAUUAGUGCGGAGGCAAACGCUUCGAAAUUUCGCAUCCUGGCGGAUGCCUUGCUCAUCAAGAAGGUAACACAGUUUGACACCGGCGAAUACACGUGCCGAGCAUUCCAAGUGAAUUCGAUUGCUUCCGAUAUGCAGGAGCGCACAGUUUUGAUGAAAAUCGAACAUAAGCCACAAUGGAUUCACACGUUGCACACUGAACAACAAUAUGCUUACCUCAAUGGGACGGCGAUCAUCGAGUGCAAGGCAACCGCUGAGCCACCGCCAACGUUUAGUUGGUACCGCAAACAGAAGCGACUCGAGAGCAACGAGCACACGCAUCUGAUUGAGACUCAAGCGACAUUCUCCCGCAUCACAAUCCAUGUGCAUGAUGCCAAACAGUUUGACAACUAUCGCUGUCGUGUCCACAAUCAUCUGGGCACCAUUGAGCGAGUGACUCGACUGGAGCAGGGCGAGAAGCCGCCGCCACCAACUGUGUUCCAGCUGCGGGGCUACAACUCGAAUACCUUCGAUGUCGAUGUGAGUGCGCAGCGUGAUAAGGAUAAGGUGGGGCCCAUGGAUGUGAAUGGCUUUCGCAUUCAGUACAUAACCGAGCCGGAGUUCAAAGCCGAUGCCAACAAAUGGACUAAUGCCAAGCACAAGGACUUUCCCUACGAAGAGGGUGCGAGUCUGCUGAUAACGAACCUCGAGCCGGACACCGAGUAUUUGAUACGCGCUGCUUCGCGUAAUCUCGCCGGCUUCAGCGACUACACAAAAGUUACUCAGAAGCGCACUUUGUCCUUGGAGCUGCGUGCAUCGGCUGGCGCUUUGUUGCCGUCUUUCUAUCAACUGUUAACGGCAACACUGUUGUUGUUGCUGCUGCGGCGCUGUCACUGAAGCGUCUGUAUUUCUUCCUUUCCAGUUCCCUUAUCCCUCUUCCUAUUAUUCC